GGCUCAGUGCUCGCACUUAUGGGUAGAUAGCGUCGUCCUUCCUGUCAGAUCCGUAAUGACAGCAGUUUCCUGCAUAGUGUUUACAGUUCGACCCUGUGCACUUCGAGAGUCAUGAGCGCUGCUUCGCUGGUCCAGAGGUUAGCUGGUGUUUCUGGGGCUCUUGCAGUUGCUGCAGGUGCAUAUGGAGCGCACGGCUUCAGACACAGUGAAGCGAGUGAUUACCAGAGAGAGUUGUUUGAUACUGCAAACAAGUACCAUAUCUACCACAGUCUGGCUUUAUUAGGAGCUGCUCGCUGCAGGAAACCUGCACUGGCGGGCACACUCCUCCUCACUGGCAUGGGCUGCUUCUGUGGUCCCCUGUACCACCAGGCCUUAACCAAUGACCCCAGCUUCAGUAAGCUGGCACCGAUCGGAGGCACACUACUCAUUGUCGGCUGGGCUGCCAUGGCCCUUUGCUCAAUGGAGACAUUCAUGAGUGCCGUGGCCACGCGUGCGCCGAUGCCGGUGAAGCGGGUGUCCGAGGUGGACUUCCGCUCGGGCACGACGCUGGAGCAGCUGUCGGAGCAGGUGCAGCAGUUUGUGCAGCUGGAGCACGAGGAGUUUGGAGACCAGACCGCGCUCGAGGUGCAUAUGGCUAAAGACUUCAUCUUCAACAUGUUGGGCCUGGUGCAAAAGGUAGACAAGCGGCUACCAGUUGCUAAUGAGUACCUGCUGUUAUCAGGUGGGGCCAGGGAAGGUGUUCUUGACCUUAAUCCAGAGGAUCUAGGUGACUAUGCAAAAGGUGUUGACUUUGAUUUGGACUUCACUCUCUUGGUGCCUGCUCUUAAGCUGCAUGACCGCAAUCAGCCUGUAACACUGGACAUGCGGCAUUCUCCACCAUGCCAUUCAUGGUUGAGUCUGCGCCUCUGCGACCCCACAAUGCUAUCACAGUGGCGUAUCUGCUGUCAAGACGAGAAGAAGAGGGAGAAAAAAGACAAGGAGGAUGAGGAGGAAGAAAUUGGAGCAGUGCAAGGCUCAAUCCCAUCCUUGCGGUCUCCCCAAUCAUUAGAUGGAUGCUACUUCUCUCCUUUGCUGGUGACUGAUUGGUUCUGGAGUGUAGUUAGGAUGGCGGUGGAAGAAUUGCGUCAGAAUCCUCAAAGAGGGAUCCCUGUUCCUGAUCGUGUGGAGCGGAAUGGUCCACUAACUACACUAAUUCUCACUGCAGGAACUAGUCGAAUCCUCUAUGACUUGCUUCCAGUAGUUUCAUUUCGUGGCUGGCCAGCGGUUGCACAGGGCUGGCUCACAACAAACCAUUUCUGGGAUGGUAAAAUAACAGAGGAAGAGGCCAUAAGUGGGUUUUACUUGCUUCCUUGCUGUUCGCCAGCUGCUAGCCCUUCUACCAGAACUGACCGUGAGUGGAGACUAGCCUUCUCCCGCAGUGAGGUUCAGCUGAAGAAAUGUGUGGCCUACCCAAUGGCACAGGCCUUCCAAGCAGCUAAAGCUGUACUGUCAAGACUGUUGGUUCGUCCUCGCACUGGCCUUAGCCUCUACCACCUACGUACCUUGAUGUUCUGGGCAUGUGAUCGCUUACCUACUACCUAUCUUAGCUGUCCAGACCACGAGACACCUGCCCGGCUGUUCCUUGGUCUUCUUGAUGACUUGGCACACUGCAUUCUGGGCAAAAACUGUCCCAAUUAUUUCCUUCCUCAGUGCAACAUGCUAGAACACCUCACAGACAGUGCCGCACUAUUAGUUGCACGGAAACUUGCACAUUUACGCUCCGAUCCUGCUGAGCACUUAAGAGCAGCAUUAGAGCAGGCACGACAGGCAUGUCAGCUCAAACGUGAAGCGGUAGGAGCUGUAAGCAAUGGGCAUGGGUUUUCAGCGCCUAGGCAUGGAUGUGGUGCAGGAUCGCCACAAGAUGACCGCUUAGCACAGCAACUUCAACAGCUUGUGACGGAAAAUCCUGGCAAAUCUAUUUCAGUCUUCCUCAACCCAGAUGACGUUACACGCCCCCAUUUUCGGAUUGAUGACAAGUUCUACUAAGCGGACUAAGUUUUAAGGAUCAUACACUGCCCAGGGCACAGCAAACCUAUACAACAGAGAUUAUAUCAAACAAUCAACAAGACUGACUACAAUCAAAAGCACCUGUUUGAUGUUUCAAUGAGGGAUUGUAAAGAGGGUUUUACUUGUAUCAUCUCUGCGAUGCCGAAUACAUUAAGCUCUAUAGAGCAAAGUGUCAUCAUUGCCCCUGGCUCAAUGUUCAAACAAUUUCAACUAUGACCCUGUUGCCGCUGACCUUCCAAAGAGUCAGCUAAUGAUUACCAUGGAAUUCAGAUGAUGCAUCAUUACAUUGAUGGUGCCAAUGCUAAAUUCAAAAGAUGUUUUCUGCAGCGUGUUUAAUCAGAAGGUCAAAGCGGCACUUGCUACUGACAUUAAGAGGUGCAUUGACAGCCUGAUGUAAGUCAUGUGGAAGUCCCUUAAGAGUUGCACUUACCAAAAGGUGUAACAUAUUUCAGGGACUAGAAGAGAUCGGAUGGAUUUUCUAUACUAUUAUGCAACUCAUAAAAUCUUAAAAAGGUGAUUCAAGGGCAUCUUACAGACAUCUCCCAUUGAUGGACUCCUCCAAUGGUGAUAUUCUACAGGGUUUUAAGAGGGUUGUUGCCCCGAAGUUCAGUACUACUGAAAAUAGAGACUACAUAUUUUCUGCUGUAUUCCUUGACAAGGCCUGAGGGCAAUUGAACAGGAAAAAGACAAGACCAAGAUUUGCUAUGGUAGCUGUGAGAGGGAGAGAUGAAUAGAGAGAGUCAAACACAACAUCCACUGGAUAGACUAGACCAAACCAAUGGAGCUCCUGCAGACAGCUGCUCUCCCUCGCUCACUUCCUGCUUCUGUCUCCUUCCCAAUUCCUUCCCACUUCACUGGCCUCCAUCGCUGACUGUUCUUUAUCCAUUUCUUCCUUUUGGAGCAUGUUAAAGGAUUAAAGAACAAUGUUACAUAUGUAUUCAGCAUAAAUCGCAUAAGCACCCUGUGGAAGAUGGCAGAAAAUUCAUGUAUGCUGCUGACAUGGCUGCUGCGCAGAUGCAGAGCAAUCAGUAACAAGAGAAUGAUGAGCAAUAGGCUAAAAUGACUUUUUCUAGUAGGUUCCUACUCCCAUAUUGCUGAAUUUGAGGUGCACUUAUGCGAAUUAGGAGAUGGCACUACUGACAACAGUUUUGUGAAGACUUUUAGUACUAUACAUGGUACUAUACAUAGUGUGUUUUGGUAGUUCCACUCUGUGCUGUAAGCCAAGAAAAAGAGAUCAAAGGACUUGAUUUGUUUGAUUUAAUUAAAUCUGAUAUGAAAGGAAAUGGAAUGGAUCUAUCUCUACUUUAUAUUGUCAGGGUUUGAAACUGUAUACCUUAAAAUACCUAUUUCGUGAGUUUAAAUAUUGUAAAAUGCUUGAAUCAAUAUUCAUAAAUGUGUUUUUCUGCAUAUAUUAUGACCAUUGUUUAGCACAAUGCCUGAUAUCAAAUGAACAGUGGUACUAUGCAAUUUCAUAGUUUAUCAAAAUCAUCUCUGUAAAUUAGAUAUUAAGGCCCAAAAUGUCUCUGAUCAUUACCAAGAACAUUUCAUGAAGAUGAUUUCAAUGGGAAAAGUCAAUGCUUGUACAUCAGGGUCAAAUUUUUAAUGAGGCUGAUGUGGUCCCAGUGUUUCUUUAUUUGGCAGCAUAGUCCCUCAGGUUGUGCUGAUAUGUACAGUUGUGCUCAAAAGUUUGCAUACCCUGGCAGAAAUUGUGAAAUCUUGGCAUUGAUUUUGAAAAUAUGACUGAUCAUGCAAAAAGACUGUCUUUUAUUUAAGGAUAGUGAUCAUAUGAAGCCAUUUAUUAUCACAUAGUUGUUUGACUCCUUUUAAAAUCAUAAUGAUAACAGAAAUCACCCAAAUGGCCCUGAUCAAAAGUUUACAUACCCUUGAAUGUUUGGCCUUGUUACAGACACACAAGGUGACACACACAGGUUUAAAUGGCAAUUAACUGUUAAUUUCCCACACCUGUGGCUUUUUAAAUUGCAAUUAGUGUCUGUGUAUAAAUAGUCAAUGAGUUUGUUAGCUCUCACGUGGAUGCACUGAGCAGGCUAGAUACUGAGCCAUGGGGAGCAGAAAAGAACUGUCAAAAGACCUGUGUAACAAGGUAAUGGAACUUUAUAAAGAUGGAAAAGGAUAUAAAAAGAUAUCCAAAGCCUUGAAAAUGCCAGUCAGUACUGUUCAAUCACUUAUUAAGAAGUGGAAAAUUCAGGGAUCUCUUGAUACUUAGCCAAGGUCAGGUAGACCAAGAAAGAUUUCAGCCACAACUGCCAGAAGAAUUGUUCGGGAUACAAAGAAAAACCCACAGGUAACCUCAGGAGAAAUACAGGCUGCUCUGGAAAAAGACGGUGUGGUUGUUUCAAGGAGCACAAUACGACGAUACUUGAACAAAAAUGAGCUGCAUGGUCGAGUUGCCAGAAAGAAGCCUUUACUGCACCAAUGCCAUAAAAAAGCCCGGUUACAAUAUGCCCAACAAGACCUUGACACGCCUCACAGCUUCUGGCACAAUGUAAUUUGGAUUGAUGAGACCAAAAUAGAGCUUUAUGGUCACAACCAUAAGCACUAUGUUAGGAGAGGGGUCAACAAGGCCUAUAGUGAAAAGAAUACCAUCCCCACUGUGCAGCAUGGUGGUGGCUCACUGAUGUUUUGGGGGUGUGUGAGCUCUAAAGGCACGGGGAAUCUUGUGAAAAUUGAUGGCAAGAUGAAUGCAGCAUGCUAUCAGAAAAUAAUGGCAGACAAUUUGCAUUCUUCUGCAUGAAAGCUGCGCAUGGGAUGCUCUUGGACUUUCCAGCAAGACAAUGACCCUAAGCACAAGGCCAAGUUGACCCUCUAGUGGUUACAGUAGAAAAAGGUGAGGUUCUGGAGUGGCCAUCACAGUCUCCUGACCUUAAUAUCAUCGAGCCACUCUGGGGAGAUCUCAAACGUGCAGUUCAUGCAAGACGACCAAAGACUUUGCAUGACCUGGAGGCAUUUUGCCAAGACGAAUGGGCAGCUAUACCACCUGCAAGAAUUUGGGGCCUCAUAGACAACUAUUACAAAAGACUACACGCUGUCAUUGAUGCUAAAGGGGGCAAUACACAGUAUUAAGAACUAAGGGUAUGCAGACUUUUGAACAGGGGUCAUUUAAUUUUUUUCUUUGUUGCCAUGUUUUGUUUUAUGAUUGUGCCAUUCUGUUAUAACCUACAGUUGAAUAUGAAUCCCAUAAGAAAUAAAAGAAAUGUUUUUUGCCUGCUCAUUCAUGUUUUCUUUAAAAAAUGGUACGUAUUACCAAUUCUCCAAGGGUAUGCAAACUUUUGAGCACAACUGUUUUUUUUUUUUUUUGUUUGUUUUUUUUUGCCAGCUUAAAAGUAAACAAAUUGAAUGUAGACAAUGUAGACCUCUCAAAUUAAUCAAGCCAUCAUCUCAGAUACCCUGAAUGGUUACAGAAUAAUGUGUAUGUAAAUGCUACCAAAUAUGUCAUCACUCUUAUGAGCGGAAUGUCUUCUUUUGUUGCAAACAUGAAAUAAAAAUUACAUCUUU